AAUCUCGCACCUCACUCUAAAAAAACACAUCCAUUCCAUAGCUUAAAACCCAUGGCCUUCCAAGCUCUACCGGACUCCACCACCUCGACUCCAUCCACAGAGGCCUUGCCAUGGGCGAUGAGGGAGAGCUCCAAGCGCCACCCCUCCUCCCCUCUCCAAACCCAGGAGGAAUAUCUCGCUCUUUGCCUUGUCAUGCUUGCGCGCGGCCACGACCACCGGCAGCAACCGUCGCCGCCUCCUCCUCCUCCGGCGCCGAAGCUUUCUCACAAAUGCUCUGUCUGUGGCAAGGCGUUCCCUUCGUACCAGGCGCUCGGCGGGCACAAGUCCAGCCACCGGCGACCCACGGGGCUUGAAGACGUGCGUCUCUUCUCCUCGUUUGGCGGCAACGGGCCGGUGUCGUCGGGUGGGUCUGACGGCGGCUCGGAGGGUGGCAGGGCUCACCGGUGCUCUGUUUGCUUUAGGAGUUUCGCGACGGGGCAGGCGCUGGGUGGGCACAAGCGGUGCCACUACUGGGAGGGGUGGUCGAGCUCGGGUGUCACUGUGAGAGAUUUUGAUCUGAACCUGCCGCCGUUGCCGGAGUUUGGGGUGGAGAGGUGGGGAGCAGGGGAGGAGGAGGAGGUGAAGAGCCCUCUGAAGGCGAAGAAGCCGAGGCUUUUGAUUUCGGCCUAAAUUUUCCUCUGUUGUUGUUCGGGUUUGUGUUGUUGUUCGUAGCAUCGUAGGAAGGAAGAUUUGUUCAUUUUUUUGGGAAACGGCGAACGCCAAAGAUGGCUUUUGUUUUGCUUUCAAGUAGUUAUUGUUCUUAGCAUCAAGGGAAGGAAGAUUUGUUCUUUUGUUUUUCUUUUCUUUUUAUUUUUUUUCUGUAAAUGAAACCACCAAAGUAGUAUUUGUUUUGCUUUACCUCCAUCAGAUCUGUCAGAAAUAAACUUUCUGCUCUUCUAAAUUUGCUUAUCUUUCA